CUCAGUUGAAUGACACUGAGCUUCGAGACGCGCGAAUGUCGCGAAAAUCUCGAGUGCAAUGCGCGCGCACCCUCGGGGGUGUAUUUUUACCGAAAUUCGUAUAGAUUUGCUCGGUUUUUGGUAAAAAUCUGUGCGUUUAUUUUUGGAAAUAGCCGCGAUUUUAUAUUUCAACCGCUGAAUUUGCCUUAUGGAUGCCUUAUUUUUGGUGUUUCGAUGAAUUUUUCCUCACGAAAAUGAACAACAUCGAGUGCGAACUGUUGUAGUUGUUGUUGAUAUGCCGGUGCGAAGAGGGCAUGUCGCUCCCAGGACUACGCUUAUUGAAACAAUCAUCAGGAAAUUCGACACUGACAAUCGUUCAUUUUUGGUGGCCAACAGUCGCGAAGGACAAUGUCACAUAAUCUACUGUUCGGACGGCUUUUGUCGACUCACAGGCUAUUCCAGAGCAGAUGUGAUGCAACGUUCGGCCUCUUGCGACUUCUUGUGCGGCCCUUUGACCUCCCAACAGGCCGUCGCCAGUCUCAGAGAGGCCCUACAAGAGGGCGUCGAGAAACACGCAGAGAUACUCUACUACAGGAAAGACGGCUCAAAGUUCCUAUGUUCCGAAGUGAUAGCCCCCAUACGAAGCGAAGUGGAUGACAUAAGUUUGAUUAUUAUCAAUUUUGAAGAUUUAACGGCGGUUCCGACGGCGUCUCUGGAGAGUAGUCCCGUGGGGAAACCCCGACUUAGUAAAUUUGACAGAGCCAGAGCUUCGUUUAGGCAGAGUCUCAGGUUGGGGUCGAAUUUGCGAGGAAGAGGCCUUAGAUUAGCGGGGUAUUUGACGCCCCCGAGUGACGUCACCGCCGCCGAAGAGGAGGCGGAUACUUUGGAGCAAUGUCCUCUGACAUCGAAUUCUCCGACUCCCAUUUUGGAACAGACGUGGGUGUCAAAAACCGAAGUGCCGACGGCGACGACACACACAACGAUUCCAGUGCCGCCUCAGACCAAAGAAUACACAGCUUUGGCGAUAUCACAUAGUGCUCCAACGAGUCAUCAAGCGUCAUUCGAACGGGGAGAAAGUGUGGAAAGAAGUAGACCACCAAUCACAAAUCGGCACCAAACACCAAUUAGAGUCUCGCAUGCGACAAGUUUAGAUGCUAUAGCUAGAAGGCAGUGUUUUAGGAGCGGUUACCCCACUGUUAGUGUUUGUAAACCCCAAUUAAGCAAGCAAUUUCCCAACGUUUCCUCCGAGAGCGAUUUACAACGCUUCAGAACGGCGCCACAAUCACACGAUCGCAAAAGUCCAAGUCUAAGCAACCCAACCGAUUCAUCCAAACAAAAAGUCUGUCCUCAGUUUUCGUUUCAAGACAAUGGAUCGGCGAAAUACUUCCAAAGCGGGAUUCACACACCGAAAAUGGGCGAAAAAGUCGCUCAGGUGUUGUCUUUGGGGGCUGAUGUACUUCCAGAAUACAAACUGCAGAAUCCGAGGAUACAUAAUUGGACGAUUUUGCAUUAUUCGCCAUUCAAGGCCGUCUGGGAUUGGAUCAUACUGAUUCUGGUCAUGUACACUGCGAUAUUUACGCCUUAUGUUGCCGCUUUUUUACUUAACGAGCCCGAUAAUAACAGGAAAAAUAAAAAGUACGGGGAGGAUCCCAUUGUGAUCAUAGACUUGAUAGUGGAUGUUACGUUUAUCAUCGACAUUCUCAUCAACUUUCGCACGACUUACGUCAGUGGAAACGAUGAGAUUGUCUCGGACCCCGUCAGAAUCGCCAUCCACUACCUAAAAGGGUGGUUUUUCAUCGACUUGGUGGCUGCUGUGCCUUUCGAUUUGCUAUUUUUCGGAAGCGACACAGACGAAUUGGGCUUGGAUAAAGACGAGACGACGACUCUGAUUGGACUGUUGAAAACAGCGAGACUUUUGCGAUUGGUGAGAGUUGCGCGGAAAAUCGACCGAUAUUCCGAAUACGGAGCCGCCGUUUUGCUACUCCUUAUGGCGACUUUUGCACUUAUUGCCCAUUGGUUGGCCUGCAUUUGGUACGCUAUUGGGAAUGCAGAAAACCACUCAAAAAUCGGAUGGUUGGAGAUUCUAGCCAAUGAUACUCAUCAAUUCUACGGCCCGAAUAAUACAGGGGGGCCCAGUAUUAAAAGUCGGUAUGUGACGGCACUGUAUUUCACGUUUACGUCACUGACAAGUGUCGGAUUUGGCAACGUUGCACCCAACACGGAUGCCGAGAAGAUUUUCACCAUCUGUGUGAUGCUGGCUGGAUCCUUAAUGUACGCCAGCAUCUUUGGCAACGUUUCGGCCAUUAUCCAGCGCCUAUACUCAGGCACCGCUCGUUACCACACUCAGAUGCUCCGGGUCCGUGAGUUCAUCCGCUUCCACCAGAUUCCCAAUCCUUUGAGACAGCGUCUGGAGGAGUACUUCCAGCACGCGUGGACUUUUACCAACGGGAUUGAUAUGAAUUCGGUGUUGAAGGGAUUCCCCGAGUGUCUCCAAGCCGACAUUUGUCUUCAUCUAAACCGGAAUUUACUUCAGAAUUGUAGCGUUUUUAAUGGUGCAAGUCCGGGGUGUCUCCGGGCCUUCACGUUGAAGUUUAAGACGACUCAUGCGCCACCUGGGGAUACACUAGUGCAUCGCGGGGAUGUACUCAGCUCGCUGUAUUUUAUAUCAAGGGGGUCGAUUGAGAUUCUAAGGGAUGAUGUUGUGAUGGCCAUUUUAGGCAAAUAUGAUAUUUUCGGGGAAAACCCGUGUUUACAUCCCACAUUGGGAAAAUCGAGCUGUAACGUUCGGGCUUUGACGUACUGUGAUUUACAUAAGAUACAUAGAGAUGAUCUCCUAGACGUGCUAGAACUCUACCCGGAGUUUUAUAACCAAUUUAUGAAUAACUUAGAAAUUACGUUUAAUUUAAGGGAUGAGGAGCAAGCCGGUGUCAUCCCUCGUCGCUCUUUCUACCCCAAAAAUCACCCCAAAGAAAGUCGUUUUUUCCGCGGAGUUAACUCAAAUGGCGUUUCAAGUCGGGGAAACUCAAUGACCGGACGACAAGACUCCCAAUACAGCGACGAGUCCGAAUCAGGACAUGGAAUUCUAGAAUUCACCACUGAAAAAGCCGGUCAAGAUGUGACACCAAUUAAUUUGGAUUUCGGCGAAGAGAAGAAAAGAUCGUCCACUUUAAACUCAAUUACAGGCAUGCUAUCACAGCUCAAAAGAAGUAUACCCGAUCUAAGGUUACACAAAACGCAUCAACCGCUCAUAGCCCAAUCGACGCCCCCUUCCAGCCACCGUAUCCGCACCAUCCGUCGCCAAUCCUCCGUGGGGACCUAUCAGGACUCCGCCCAGCAACAGCCCCCGCCCCAGGUGCCCAUCUCUAGCAGCACCAGUUAUUACACCAACAGCCCCUCUUCGCCCCACCAUGAAGCCCCCCAACAUUCCACACCAAGCCCACUCGAAAACAUCCAUUCGAAAUUGGAUCAGUUGACGAGGAGGAUCCAACAGCUGGAGGAGAGUCUCGCGGGGGAUGUUAAGACUAUUCUGGGGCUGUUGCAAAGGGGGCACGAAGUGCCCGAGUAUGAAAAUCUAGAUCCUAGUAGAAUUAGGUACACGUUUCAAAGGUCGGUGAGUGAACCUAAACCGAUCUCGAAAUGUCAACAGCAUUCCCAAGUACUACAUAGGUUUGCUUCGUUUAAUAAAGCUUUUGAUUUUGAUAAGUUUCAAGACCCAUCAUGGACUGAUGUGUUUGUAAGCAAGGAGAAAGAUAGUAAAGAAGACAAGACAGCCCCAAUCGCCAAAUUAGAGUCACUCGACGAGCUUGAUUUGGAAUCGCCAUUGGGGAGUCCGAAAAAACCCAAAAAGUAGCACUUUUGUUGUUGAAACCAGUGAGAUUUGUAAUAAUUAAGACCCGAAUUUGGAAAAUUCGACAUUUUAGUGAAAUAAUAGAUACUUUCAGCUUACAAUUGAGAAAUUUCCAUUUUCGUGCUCGACUGGCGCUGCGUCCAGGACUUAUCACUUUAAAAACUUGUGUUACAUAUCGUUUUUUGCUCUUGUAGGUGCAUAUCUUGCCUCGGCAAUUGCCUUAUUUCUCGUAGCAAUUCAUUUAGCAAUAAGUUGCGUCCGUUUGUCGCAGUGCCAGUCCUCGAGCUAAAUAUCCGUCGCAAAAUCUACGAUAAGGUUGAUCUUUUUGUAAAAAAGGUGGUUAAAUGAAAGACAAUUUCAAAUAUUUCCCUAAUUGUUUGUUGAAAUUAUUUGUUACGCUUGUUUUUCGCAUCAAAUCGCUUUUAUGAAAUUUUGUAAGCACAAAUUAUAUGUUUAUACACAAUUUUAUCAUAUUUUUAAUAAUAUUAUGUAAGACAAAAUCAUUACUCGUCACAUGCCCCUGAAUAAAGGCAUUCGA